UAAAACAUAGGAGUGGGCCACCCUUCCUAAAAAUUGUGAUCUGAAGUUUAGGAAGCCUUCUGGAUUUGGAUAACAAAAGAGCUCUUUCCAGAACUCAAGGGCUGUCCUCCCUCCAGGGGAAAUGGAGGCACUGAUGACAUUGCCCUUUAUUGGGAACAAAUGGGAAAAGGAAAAGAUAGCUACAUUCUAAAUAGCAGUGGGUAUUUAGGGUUAAACUUGUAACAGCCUGGCAACCUAGAUGGCUUUCUGCAAGCUCCCUGUGUCUUCUCUCUGAAGAAUUGUUCAUCUUUGGUUGGCAGGACUUGACGUUUUAGGAAAAUCAGUGUAUUAUUACUCUGGCUCUUCAGUGGAGCCUCAGAGUGUCAACAGGCAAUCACAGCAUCAAGAGACUUAUGUGAAAUAACAGCUCUUAACAAGGGCUCUCAUGUGCCAGGCAUUUCUCCAAAAAAGAAGGCCCAGGAAACAGCAUGCAAAUGGGCACAGAGACCUAAAAGGAAACAGGUGUAGCGGGUUAUGGCUAAAUUCAGGAAUGACUUUUGCCUGCUCUGUAAAGUUACCCAAAGUAUAAGUUAUGUUUAAACUGACCUUAAGCUUCUCAAGGUAUUAAAAAAGCCACCCCUAGCAGAGAAAGCUUGCACACUGUGGGAGUUCAUUCAAGUUGGUUUCCCAAAGCAUCUUACUGAUACAUUCUUUCAAAGCAAGUCAGUUCCUUAUUCCAGCUUGACCCCUUAUAGUUGCAGGAACUUGGUGAUUUAAUAUGUUUCUAUCCAACCUUUUACCAAAGUGCCUCCCUUUCCCCUCACAAUGUCUCAGAGGGUCAAAUAAUUGGGUAAAACCUACAACCUGAAAUCAGCCACAGCAAUAGAGAUUUCAGCAACUUGUAAGGUCAGCAUUCUGGGAAAUUGUAUAUUUAUGUGAGUAAUUGCAUGUACCAGCAACAUCUUUUGUGGUAGCAGCUUGUUGAAAUAGAACCAUGGAAUGUCAGAGCCAAAAGAAAAUGACCUUAAAAAGAACCUAAUCCAGAAUGCUUAUUUGUUAGAAGAACCUGAUGUCCAGAGAGGGAAACUGAGUCAAAGAUGUCAGAGGGAGUCAAUGGUUAAAAGUCAGGACUGUGGCCCCGGGACCUUUAGAUCCCAGCUUGGCCCUCAUUCCACUACCACCAGUAUGGAUGCCCCUAUUAGCCUGAUGAUCAUUAUUAUUCUUUAUUUAGAACUCGGUCUGACUGGAGAGAAAGCAGUUAACCCAAUGUGGACUGGCUCAGCAAUAGAGUUUGAGCUUCCUUUAGUCAAGUUAAGCUCCCUCUGCUGAGAUUGCAGUUACAAAGCAUCGUGUUUCUUAAGGUGGUGCUAAUUCUCAAGCAGAGCUUUGAGCCUGUACCUAAAAGGUCAGGCUCUCUACAUAUGUAUACACAUACACAUCUAUGCGCAGAAACCCAGCCAGACAGUGACCUUGAAUUUGGUGCCUACCCUCACCAUUCUAGGCUUCCCUACUGUUACUAGUGUAAUAAGAAUCAUCCUUUCCUAUUAGUGAGUUGUUACCAAAGCCCCUGGGCUUCAUUUCUUUAAAAGAAAAUUGUUUCUCAAGGAGUUCAUUAAUUCAGACCUCCCUUCUCUCUAACGUUGUUACUCUGAAUUAGUCAGGUCUCAGUGUGCUAAAUAAUUAAUAUGUGAGAUCUGUAAGUAUGCUACCAGCUGCCCACUCAGAAUCAUUUAGAAAGCUGGCCCCUUGAUAGAAAUGCCUUGCCCAUUAAGCAAGGAUUUCUUUUUGUGUUUUGUUUGUUUUUUAAUCUACUCUUACCAGAGCUUUGUAACGAGGUCGUAAUAACUUGUCAAAAGAAACGUCUUAACGUGUAUCCUUGGUUUGUUCAGCUAUGUUGCAACUACCUUCUUGUGCUUACCUUUUAAUGCUGCCUCCUUGAGAAGAUGAGGACAAGGAAGCCCUCCUGCCCGCUGGAGACGGUCUGGGAGGAUAAGCAUAAAUAUGAUGAAGCAGAGCGGCUAUUCUACGAACGGGAAGCCACACAGGCCGCUGCAGCCCAGGCCCAGCAGCAACCAGAGGAGGUGGUGAAUGGCCUCAGCCAGGAUGAUUCAGGGGACAGUAGCGGGUGGGACACCAAGAAAGCCAACAACGGGAAGAAGCAAAAGAAGAGGAAGCGUUCACCCAAGAACCACUCAUCCCAGGCCAACCUGGCCCUAGUGGGCCUGUCAGCCGACCCAGUUUGGUUUGAAAAGCCACUUUUUGACCAGGCAGAGACAUCCUACCGCAAGAAGCUUGCAGAUGCAGUAGCUGCACGUGGCCUAGUCCCCGUGGAGGCAGCCACAGCCACUCAGAUGCACUCAGCAUUCUGGACAGAGAAGGCAGCUCCUCGAGCAGUGGCAUCCAAGCCAGGGAAGGCCCUGACGGCACCCUGCACCCACGGGAGCCAUGUGGCCUGCCACCAUAUGGCUUGUGGCGUCUGGGUUAACAAGUUCUAUUUUGACCGAGCUGAGAUGGCAUUUGUGGAGUGGACGCAGGCGUCCACCCCACCACAUUCCCUGGACAUCUCAUCCCCACAGCUUUCACAGGACUCAAGUGUGGCAAGUGGGAGGGGCACCCCAGAUGAAGGGUAUAUGACAGCUGUAACUACUCCUGCCACCCCAGGGCCACCCAUUAGAGGCUCAUCCUUCACUGCCUGCUGGCCCAGCCCUCCAGCCAAUGGUAAACCCCAGCUUUUUAGUCUUCAAGCAAUGAUGCAGGAGGUAUGGUUGGAAAAGCCCCAGUAUGAUGAUGCUGAGAGAUGUUUUUAUGAAGCCAUGUUUGAUGGCCACCCACCAGGGAAGGUGAGGCUGCAGGAACGAGGUGGGCCACCUGAUGGAGCACGGCGGGGAAGAAAAGAUAGACGAAGCAGAAAUAACACAAGCAAACGUAUUGGUCCAAAGCGGGCAGACCCUGUGCUCUCCAAAGAAGUGGACCCUGCUUUGCCCUACUGGUACUUCUUGCACAAGGAUGGUGAACCUCCAUGGCUCAGCAAAUCAACUUAUGACAGUGCUGAAUCCCGCCACCAUGCUGCUGAGGCCCUCCGAAUGUCAUGGCGAGCAGAAGCACCUCCAGUCUCGCCAGUCCCUGCCCAUCGGCCUGCUUCCCGUGCUGUCCCCUCAGCAUCUACACCAAGACCAAAAGAUAGUAAUGUUUUCUAUAUGCCUGUGCCUUCUGAGCUGAGCGACUUCAUGAAUUUCCUCUGUGUUCUUUUGAGUGGUGGUGACAGCAUUUGUUGAGCAGUAUUUUCCAACCCAAACUUGAUUGCCGAACAGUAAAACAGCCAGAUUUUGUACUGUUGGGCUGGCAGCUUUCUAACCUCAGUAUCUCAGGGGAAGGAGACCUUUUGGUUCCUCUCAGUGGAGUAAAAGGGCAGCUGGAGUAUGGGAGGAGUGGAUUAUCGGGAGAAGUAAGAAUCUGUUUUGUUUUGUUUUGAAUAAAACACACUGGGGGAACAGUAACAAUGUUCUCGGGCCCAGAGCUGCCCAUGAUCAUCCAAUGCAGUCUAGUUCUUAAGCUGACAGAAGAGGCUAGGUAAGAUUUCCCUCUGCUUUAAAUAAUAACCAGAAUCUAAAAUCUUGAUUACCCAGGGGGAGGUUGGUGAUGUCUGUUUCUGAGAGCACUGAGAAUGGCGGGGUGGGGACAUCAGUCAUCAGGCUUUCCUAAGAGACUUCUGUAUUUUCAAUUCCAUUUACAUAGUUUGUGGUCUUAAGAGAAGUCUUCCCUUGGGGAACUCUGAGUCUUCUCUGAGGAUGUAAUCAUUAAUUUUUUAAGUCUUAAAUUGUGCUAUAGGUAUUGUGCACAGUAAUAAGGGUUGAAAUAGUCAGCCACAAAAGGUUUUGGAGGAGAUAAGAUGCUGGUUUGGACCCAGUAAGUGUUGAAGUUUUUGGCUUGAGUUGAGCUUUGCAGUUGUAAAUGGAAUGGGAAUGAAUCUAGGAGAGGGAUAGUUACACCGGGGACAGACAAGAAACUGAGAGGGAUAGUCUAGUUCUAGGAUGGUGAGGCCAGUCUUCUGGAGCCUGGCAGGUUCUUGUUGGGGAAUAGUUCCGUAAGUUCAGUAAGUCUGUAAGGAGCUUAGGAAACCAGGUAGAAGCACUUAGACUACACAUGGAAGAAAACAGGGAGCCAUUAAGGGGUUUUGAGCCAGGAGUAUGACAUGCCUUUUCUGCCUCAGGGGAGCCUAAGGGUUGAGUGUAAUAAGUAUCCUCCUGUCUCACAGAUAGCAUUUGUGUUUUGAGCAGGGUUUGAAGCUGAUGACCUCUGUGGACCCAUCCAAAUUCUUUGAUUCUUUGAUUCUGUGAUGAGACCAAAGUUAAGCUUAGUACUGGUGGAGGAAUGUAUAAAGUCAGGGAGGUAGCUGAGAGUUAUUGUGCUAAUUGAGGCCUUGAGUCAAAAGGGCCUAGAUUAGGCUGGUGGUUGCCAAGUAUGGUGCCGUAAAAGGAAAAUUCACUGUAUUUGAUGAUAGCACAUUGGAGAAGAAAGAAGAAUCAAACAAAAUACUCUGACAUUGUUUUCUAUAUAAAACUUAAUAGAAUACUUGGGGAAGGGUGGGGGUAUGUCUGUGUGUGUGUGUGUGUGUGUGUGUGUGUGUGUAGGUAGAGGAGGGGCAGGGGGACUCACUGAGGUCAAGAGCAGUGAUAGAGCAAGAGGAAGAGAGGUCAGUAUGAGUGGGCACUGAGAAUGCCACUGGGGCCAUUCCAUUCACCUAAGGGCAUUCCAGUUGUGGUUGGGUGUAGUUUUUCUUUCUAGAUUCAGUAGGCUUGGUUGACAAGAAUAACUGUCUCUAGAAAUUAGAUGUAUUUGAGUGGGGAGUGGUUCAGCUCUCAUCUCUCCUGACCCCCUCCUUAUGCUGAGGAUGAAACUGAAGCCCAGAGAAGGAAAGAAAUCUGCUCAAAUUUUUCCAUCUGGUUAGUGGCAGGGUUGGGACAUUAUACCUGCCUGGUAGGUAAGCAGAAAGGUUGUGACAGUAUUAG